AUGUUAAAGUUCUUCGUAUUCUUUGCCAUUUGUGUUGCCUUGGCCUCGGCUAAUCUGAUACGCGUCCCGGUCUACAAGAAUGCCAAUCAUAGCAAGAGUAUCGAAUUCGUGAAAAACCAAGCAACUUUCUUGGGCACCAAAUAUGGUAUCAGCUUUGCUACAAACACUGCUGCCGAGGAAUUGACCAAUGAUUACAACGUGGCAUACUACGGCAAAAUCACCAUUGGCACACCGGCACAAGAAUUCGUGGUACUUUUCGAUACCGGUUCCUCAAAUCUGUGGAUACCAUCAUCCACCUGCCCCAGCAGCAACAAAGCUUGUCAAAAACACAACAAAUAUAAGGCGAGCGCUUCCAGCACUUAUGUGGCUAAUGGCGAAAGUUUCUCCAUCGAAUAUGGCUCUGGUAGUUUAUCUGGUUAUCUGUCAGAGGACACAGUGAGAGUAUCUGGUCUAACCAUACAAAAUCAAGUAUUUGCUGAAGCCACCAGCGAGCCCAGCUCUACUUUUGUUGAUUCGAAUUUCGAUGGUAUUUUUGGCUUGGCCUACGAAGAUAUCGCCAGCGACGACGUUGUGCCACCAUUCUACAACAUUUGGUCUCAAGGUCUGGUGAGCAACAACGUAUUCUCUUUCUACUUGGCACGCGAUACUAGUUCCAGCAAAGGUGGUGAAUUGAUCUUAGGCGGCUCCGAUUCCAGCUACUACAACGGAUCACUCACCUACGUGCCGGUCUCAGAGCAAGGCUACUGGCAAUUUAGCUUGGGCGGAGCCACCCUUGGUGGUAAGACCCUUUGCAGUAACGGUUGCCAAGCCAUCGCUGACACAGGCACCUCGCUCAUUAUUGCUCCCUUAAGUGCCUACAAUAAAUUCGCUAACAUUGUUAAUAGCGACAGCGAUGGUUACGUCGAUUGCUCGCUCAUCAGCUCUCUGGGUGACAUAGAAUUUGUUAUAAGUGGUAAGAGUUUCGCUGUGCCAGCAUCACAAUACAUUAUUCAGGAGGAUUCAGAGACUUGCUACUCUGCCAUCAGCUACAUUGGAACUGAUUUCUGGAUCUUGGGGGAUAUUUUCCUUGGUCUCUACUAUUCCGAAUUCGAUAUGGGCAACAAUCGUAUUGGUUUCGCACCAGUCGCCUAA